AUGUAAAGAGAUUUAGCUAUAUUUCCAAAUACACCCUAGAUAUAAUGUCUAUUUAAUCCAAGUACCAUUCAUCCUAUGACUGCUUUUGUUGCAAGAUCAUGUUAUAAGUAUAAUCAACUCUAAAGAAACAAAUAAUAAAGAAUCGUUAUAUAACAAAUACCUUAAAAAUAAAGACCAAAAGAGAAGAGGGCUAUUUCUUUACCUAGAACUUUAUAGGCUAUAAAAAAAUAAUAAUUUGAAUGUAUUUUAUUUUAAAUAAUAUAGCAUUAAGAAGAUCAUCUCAUUAAAAAGAUUAGACAUUAAGUUUAGUAUUUUCUGAUUUUAAAUAGGAGGAUUUAAUCCUAUCAAAUAUAGAUAAAUUUUAUAAUAUGUAGCAUAAAUUAUAAACAAGUAAUGAUGAUUUAGUUGAAGAAAGGAAGGCAAAUCUAAAUGAAAUAAAACGAUCAACUUCUAAAAUAAAGAAUGUUAUAGAGAAUGAUAAAACAAAAACAAUUUUAUAAAAUAUAUUAGGUGGAAUGUAAUAGAAGGUUGAUGAAGUUGCACAUGAAAAUCAUAUGAGAAUAAUGGGAAUGCAAAUAAAGUCAUUUAAAUUACAAGAAUAAUAAUCAAUUAGAAGUAAAGCAUGGUCUCAAGAAAAAGAGAGAGAAUCAUCAAAAUCAUUUGUUGAAAAAAGAGAUUUUCAUACUCGUUCAGUUUAAAAGAAAAGACAUUAAUCACCUUAAAACAAAAAUAAAAAUGUAUCAUAAUAAACUAUUAAGACAAAUCAAAAUUUCAGAUUUUCAUUAACAGAUUAUUCUUCAUUAAGUAGAGAAUAGUUGUUCUAAAUGAAAUUACUAAGUUACCAUUAUUUGAUUUUUAUAGUUUCUACAUAGAGUAAUUUUUAUGUUUAACCAUCUGAAUAUGUGAUAGAUUUAAAAUUUAAAGUAGGUAAAGGAAAUAAUAGUUUAUUAAUAAAAGAAUUAUUUAAAUCUAGAUGGUGGUGGAAUCUAAAUUAAGAUGCUGAAAAUAAAGAAUUAAAUUUUAUUUGGACAUAAAUUAAGGUUCCAUAAUAUAUGAAUCUAUAAGAAUGGAGCAAAGAAUCAUUUAUUACUAGAUAAAAAUCAUUAUCUUAAACAUCUAUAGAUUUUAAAAAAUAAAAAAGAAAGCAAUCUCCAAAAAGUAAUAAAUAAAUUUAAAAAUUUGGAACAUAUCAUGAUCCACUUUAAAAAUUAAUUCUUGUAUAGGAUUUGAAUGAAUUAAAAUCUAUGGAUAAAUCAAUUUAAAAUUUUAUUUAAUAUGUUGAAAAAAAAGAAUUAAAAAUAAUUGAUAAUGUGAAUAAAGUAAUCAUAUAUAUUAUAAUUAUUUAGAUUCAUAAUCAUAUUGAAAGAAAUUAUCAUUUGGGUAAUAAGAAAGCUAUGUUUCAUAAUAUGAAGAAAUAUUAUGAAUUAACAAAACAGGAGUUAUUUCUUCAUUUACCUAUAACUUUUCAUGUUUCUGGUAUCAAAGAUAAAUAAUAUCAAUAAUUUAUGGAUUAUUAUAAAUAAAAGUAUUUUAGAUGUAUUUAUAAGGAAGGGAAAUAAUAUUUGGAUAGUGAAGCCAGGAGAAUUCACUAAUAGAGGAAAUGGAAUCAUUGUAUGUUAAUCCUUAGCUGAAAUUAAUAAAAUAGUUAGCAAAAAAUAAAUUCAUCCUAAUGGUAAACCAUUUACAUAUUUGAUACAAAAAUAUAUUGAAAAACCCUUUCUAUAUAAUAAAAGAAAGUUUGAUAUAAGAUGUUAUUUUUUGAUAACAUAGUUAAAUAGCAUUAUUAGAGCCUACUGGUAUGAAGAAGGAUAUAUAAGAACUUCAAGUGAAGAAUUUGAUAUCAAAGAUGUGAGUAAUUAGUAUGUACAUUUAACUAAUGAUGCUAUACAAAAAUAUAGUGAGGCUUAUGGAAAAUAUGAAAAUGGAAACAAGUUGUCUUUUGCUGAAUUCUAAAGAUAUCUCGAUAAAUGGCAUAGUAAUGAACAUUUGAAUUUCUAUAAGGAUUUAUACCCUUAAUUGAAGAUAAUCACUUUGAAUGCUAUUAAAUCUGUAUAUCAUAAGAUUGAACCAUAUAAAAGAAAUUACAAUUUUGAAAUUUUUGGAUUAGAUUUUAUGAUAGAUGAGAAAUUCUAACCAUAUUUAAUUGAAAUCAAUACAAACCCUUGUUUAGAGCUUAGUUCUCCUUUGUUAGGUAGAAUUAUUCCUGCAAUGGUUGAGAAUGCUUUCAGGUAAUUGAAUUUAUAAUCAAUAACAUAGAUUAUCUAUAGAUACAUUGAUUCCUCCACCAGAAUAGUCUUAAUGGCCACCUAACAAGAAACAUUUAUUAUUUUAUGAUAAUAUGUUAGAAAAUAAUAGAUUUUAAUUGAUUUUUGAUGAAAGAGAAGAUGGCUAAGAAUUAAAAGUAUUAUAUAGCAAUUAAUUAAAUGAUGAUUAAAUAGAUGAAAUGGAUGAAGAAGAAGAAGAAUAUCAAUCUGAUGUUGAUUGA